AUGAGCAUCUUCAGCCAUAUUGACCUUGGGGCUACUGAAGAAAAAGGCGACGAUGCCAAACGAACGAUUCUUGCAGGAACAGACAUGAUAGCAGAGAUCCUGAAAACAACCCUUGGGCCAAAGGGGAUGCUGAAAAUGCUGAAGGGGCAGAAUGUAAGUGUUACAAAUGAUGGAGCUUUUAUUCUGAAGAAUCUUAUGAUUGACAGUGCAUCUGCAAGAAUAUUGGUUGAUUGUAGUGUUGGACAAGACUGGGAGGAGGGAGAUGGAACAACAUCAGUGGCAAUUCUUGCAAGUUUGCUUGUUAAAGAGGCAAGUAAGUUGAGUGUGCAUCCCACACGAAUUCUUCGAGGAUACCGAAUGGCACAGGAGAAGUGUGAAAACAUAUUACAGGGAAUGAGUUUUGAACCAACAAGGGAUGACUUGAUGAAAAUUGUUUGGACCACGUUGUGUUCUAAGGUUGUGAAGUACGACAUUGAGAAGUUUUGUAGCAUGUGUGUGAAUGCCGUUGAGAGACUUGAGGGAAGGAACGAUCUGGGACUGAUUCAGAUUAUCAAAUGUGCAGGGAAGCUUGAGGAUUCAUAUCUUGAUGAUGGAUUUAUUCUGAAGAAGGAUGUAAUGGUAGAAGAGGUGAGCAAUCCUCGGAUUUUGAUUGCAAACACAAGCAUGGAUCAUGAUAAGAUCAAGGUUUUUGGUGCAAAGAUUAACGUGAGCUCUGUGAGCGAACUGGAGGAGCUGGAGAAUGCAGAGAAGGCAAAGAUUAGAGAUAAGGUUGAUAGGAUAUCGAGGAGCAAGGCGGAUGUGUUUAUCAACAGGCAAUUGAUAUACGACUAUCCGGAUCAACUACUGAGAAUGAAGGGAAUACAGCCAAUAGAGCAUGCGGACUUUGAUGGAGUGGAGAGAUUGAGCAAUGUGCUUGGAGGAAAGAUAUUGAGCACAUUUGAGUCGAUGGAUGAGUCGUGCUACGGAACAUGUAAAAGUGUCAAGAAUGUGGAGAUUGGGGGAGAACGGGCAGUAAGGUUUGAAGGAGUGAGUAAUGGAGCAAGUACAAUAGUCCUGUUUGGAUCAUCGAAGGAGAUGCUGGAUGAGGCAGAAAGAAGUAUACACGAUGCAUUAUGUGUGUUGAUGAAGAUUAACGAAAAUCCAAGAGCUGUGUAUGGGGGAGGAGCCAGUGAGAUGUCAAUGGCGGUUGGACUGAACAAGUAUGCCAUGGAGGUAGCAGGCGCUGAAAGCGAUGCAAUCAUUUCGUUCUCGAAUGCUCUGCAACAGAUUCCAAAGAUACUUUCUGAAAAUGGAGGACAUGAUGGAGAAGAGACGAAGGCGAGUCUAAGAGCUGAGCAUAACUCGGGAAACUCAAGCUAUGGCGUUAAUGUGAAAGAUGGGAGUGUUUGCUGCAUGAAAGAGAUUGGUAUAAUUGACAGCUUUCGGAUUAAGAAGAGAAUCAUAAUGGCUGCAUCUGAGGUAGCACAGAUGAUAGUGAAGUGUGAUGGUAUUGCAAAGCGUAAGCCUAGAGAAAGAACAAGAGAAUAA